AUGUCUGCAAAGGCUGUUGCCCAAAGUUAUUGGACAAAAGAAUUAGAAGAAGAACUUGAGGAGCUUGGGAUUAGAGAAAAGUGGUUGUUUACAACAAAUGCAGCUGACCGACCAUUUUCUGGCAGUGAGGAAGAAGCCAUGGAGUUUGUUGAAAAAAACCGGUCUGAAAAAUUGUACGACCAUGAUUGCUACAAUCAGUGCAAGCAAAAGGGUAAGCAGUCAUAGCAAAUGUAUUGUGCAACUUUCUGAAAAUUUCCUGACAUGUUAUCAUGCAGUCAUAUUAAGGGAAGAUGUAGUCAAAUGUAUUGUACAAGACAACUUUCUGAAAAGUUUAAAAUUUGCAGCUACAGUAUUAAAAUGCAAUGGGGAGUGGGGGUGUAUAGGAAUAUUCACCCACAGGUUUGUUCUGAAUAUAGUGUGUGAUGAUUAUAUUGUGUGUAAUUGUGGGUCUCUGGUGAUUCAUGGAUUGAACUCAUGGCUUAUCUCACACAGUUUGUUUUUUCAGGUUGUGGAAAGCUAUAUGUUGCCGAUGGCAAUUGGAAGUUGUGCUAUCCGCAUUGUAUGUGGAAGGUUCCAGUGACAGUGCCUGGCUUUGGAGAUGUGAAUUACCCCACCAUUUGUCCUUCUUCCCCUGAGCACGGACAUGCUUUUUGUAAGAGCCACUGCAUGAUGGCUAAGGCAGCAGGAUAUCCAUCAGAACUCAGACUAUUUUUGGAAGCCGAAGGGUGUCGAUGA